AUGACAUAUCGAGGAAACAAUAGUGGUAUAAAUGUGAUGGGCGAAAACGAUGGAACACUUGUGGAACAUCGUAAUGAUGCGUUGGUUGAAAAGCUAUCCGGAAAGGUGGCUGCACUGAAGAAGAUAACGAUAGCAAUUGGUGAUGAUGUAAGGGAACAGAAUCGUUUGCUAAAUGAAAUGGAAACGGAUUUCGAUGCAUCGAAAGGUUUGCUUGGCUCAACAAUGCGAAAAUUGAAUCGAGUCGCCAAAACUGGCGGCAAGCAUUUGACAUGUUAUCUUGUUUUAUUUGCCAAGGUUAUGAAAAUGGAUGGUGAUAAUGUUGUCGAAAUUAAUGAAGAUGGGCAGACAAUUGGCGAACUUAUGAGCAGUCACGUCGGGUUAACAUACAAUGAUUUCAAUAUAUUGCCGGGUUAUAUCAGUUUUGACGUUUCUUCCGUUGAUUUAACAACUCAUUUAACACGGGAUAUUAUACUUAAAACACCCUUAGUAUCAUCACCGAUGGAUACAGUAACUGAAUGCGAAAUGGCAAUUGCUAUGGCGUUACAUGGUGGUAUUGGUAUAAUUCACUCCAAUUUCGCCUCUUUGGAAGAGCAAGUUGAAGAAGUUAUCAAAGUGAAGCGCUACAAGCAAGGGUUUAUAACACAUCCUCACUGUAUCAAAGAGACCGAUACGGUAUUAGAUUUGAUGAGGAUAAAGCUAAAAUACGGUUUCACGGGGACGCCAGUUACAUCAACAGGGCAGGUUGGGGGCCAGUUGUUAGGUUUAGUAACUUCACGUGAUGUAGACUUUAUUGAUGAGGACAAAUAUUCGACCACGAAAAUAAGCGAAGUAAUGGUCCCUCUCCACCGGCUUAUAACAGGCAGUGAAGAUCUAACUUUAGAACAUGCCUACAAGAUUUUAGAAGAUGAGAAGAAAGGAAAAUUACCUAUUGUUAACAAUAAAAAUGAAUUGGUGUCCUUAAUAGCUCGUACUGAUCUAAAGAAAGCUCGAGAUUUUCCGUGGAGUUCAUAUGAUUCGAAGGGACAGUUGAGAGUGGGUGCAGCUAUAAAUACCCGAGAAUCUGCAAAGGAGGCAGUAAAGAAGUUAGCUGCAGCUGGUGUUGAUGUUCUUGUCAUUGACUCUUCACAAGGUGCUAGCAUGUAUCAAGUGAAUCUUUUAAAAUGGAUAAAGAACAAUUAUCCAGAAACGCCACAGAUAAUUGCUGGCAAUGGCAAGUUACUUGUGACGCAAAAACAAGCAGAAAUGCUAAUUAAUGCUGGAGCAGAUGCCAUUCGCAUUGGUAUGGGCAGUGGUUCAAUCUGUAUUACUCAAGAAAUUACUGCAGUUGGACGAGCGCAAGGCACAGCAGUAUAUCAAGUCGCAAGGUACGCGAAGACUCGUGGAAUUCCCGUCAUUGCUGAUGGCGGAAUAAGAGAUGUUGGUUAUAUCACGAAGGCUUUGGCACUUGGCGCAUCGACAGUAAUGAUGGGUGGUCUUUUAGCAGGCACAACAGAAGCUCCUGGCGAAUAUUUCUGGGGUCCAAGCGGUGUGCGUCUUAAGAAUUAUCGUGGAAUGGGUUCAUUGGAUGCUAUGGAAGCAAAUAUUAGUAGUCAAGACAGUAGGUCAGAUGCGAUCAAGGUUGCUCAAGGAGUGUCUGCUACGAUGAGAGAUAGAGGAAGCAUCCAUAAAUUUGUUCCAUAUUUAGUGCGCGGAAUUCAGCACGGUUUUCAAGAUAUCGGUGUCAAAAAUUUAGAUGAACUCAGGAGUGGUAUUGCUCGUGGUGAAAUCAGAUUUGAGCGUCGCUCAUCGAAUGCACAAAUUGAGGGAGGAGUGCAUUCCUUGCACUCAACAGAUUUGGUAAAAGUUGUGAUUUGCCUUUUAAUGGUUGUUGGUAUCAUAAUUCUCCUGAAAGGUUUUGAUUAUGGAAUAAGGCAUUGAGGUGUUGGGAUACACGGUAGUGAAAUGGUUGUAAUGCUGGAAAUGCAUAUCGCUGUUUUUGCCUAG